AGGUUCGGUCAUGUGACAUCCCGGAGGCCAGGGCUGGGCAGGUUUAGCCAAGCGCAGGGUUUUGACCAAAACAAACGGCGACGGCUCUGUGGUAGAGUCUAUGGCCGAGGCGGUGAGGCCCCAGCGCCGGGCCAAGGCCAAGUCCAGCCGGACUAAAACCAAGGAAAAGAAGAAAUAUGAAACCCUACAGAGGGAAGAGUUUGAUGAAAUUUCCCUUCCAAAAACCUCCAGAGAGCAGGAAAUCCCUUCUCCAGCCUGUGAAUUUGAAGGAGACCAUUUGAAGGUGUUAACUGAUUCCCAGCUCCAGAAAAAUGCCAGUGGACAAAAUGAAAGUGAAAUGUUUGAUGUACCACUCGCCUCCUUAACUAUAAGCAAUGAAAGGACACUAAUGUGUAACCCAGAGCCCCUGAAGGAAGGGGGAGAGGUUGGAACCUGUGUGGGGGACAGUGUAGUCAUGGCCAACGUUGACCCUGGGGGCAGUGUUGGCACUGCAGUUGAAACCCUGAAGAACUUUACAGAGGUGGAAGAAAAUAAAUUGGUACAAUAUGGACUUGCAGAAAGCACGCUUAGGUCUAGUUUUUCACAUACUCACCAGGAAAUGGAAAACUUACAAGUUAGAGAACUUCAGGAUGGGAAAGAAGACAAACAAACCUUAGGUGGUUCUUCAGAGGUGCUACAAAGUGUUGGCUUGCAGGGUUCUUGUGAAGCCAAACCUGUUUCUAAGCCUCCAAGAGUAAAGAAACUCUAUCCCCAGUUGCCAGCUGAAAUUGCUGGAGAGGUACCAGCUUUGGUGGCAGUGAAACCCUUGCUUCGUGGUGAGCGGCUCUACCCAGAACUCCCAUCUCAGCCAGAACUAGUACCAUUUACUAAAGAGCAGCUAAAAAUCUUGGAGCCUGGCUCAUGGCUAGAAAAUGUUGAGUCAUAUUUGGAAGAAUUUGACAGCAUGGCUCAUCAGGACAGACAUGAAUUUUAUGAGUUGCUUUUGAACUACUCACGAUGUAGGAAGCAACUGCUGCUGGCUGAGGCUGAGCUACUUACUUUGACGUCCGAUUGCCAAAAUGCUAAAAGCCGGCUAUGGCACUUUAAGGAGGAACAAAUGCUUGUACAGGGUGUCUGUGCAGAUCAAGUGAAAGUUUCUGGUUAUCAUCGCUACCAGCGAGUAGAGAUGAAUGAAAAUGCGCUGGGGGAGCUAAAGAAGCUAUUUGAUGCGAAAUCUGAGCACCUCCACCAGACCCUGGCCCUGCAUUCUUACACUUCUGUGCUCUCAAGAUUGCAAGUGGAGUCUUUUAUCUAUGCAUUACUCAAUAGUUCGCCAGUUCUGAGAUCUUUAGCAAUCCAUCAGCAAGGCCAAGCUUCUAAACAGACAGAAAGCAUUCCCUCUGAUCUGUGUCAACUAAAGGAGUGCAUUAGUGUCUUAUUCAUGUUCACCCGGAGAGUUAAUGAAGAUAAGCAGUUCCAUGAUGAUAUUCUUCUCUGGCUGCAGAAAUUGGUAUCAGUGCUACAAAGAGUUGGCUGUCCUGGAGAUCACCUCUUCCUUCUAAACCACAUUCUCCGAUGUCCAGCUGGUGUUAGUAAAUGGGCUGUUCCCUUCAUUCAGGUAUAUAAAAUUUUUUGGAAUUCCUCCUUUAGUGAAUUUACCUAUGUUACCAUAUAUGCCAUUUAUGAAAGAAAUCGAGCUGAAUUUAUGUGCCACAUGAAGCCCAGUGAGCGGAAGCCAUCUUCCUCGGGGCCUGGGUCUGGGACCUGGACGCUAGUAGAUGAGGGAGGAGAAGAGGAUGAAGAUCCUGAGACCAGUUGGCUUCUCCUUAAUGAAGAUGACUUGGUUAUCCUUUUAGCACAGUUCCCAUUUCAUGAACUCUUUCAACAUCUUCUUGGCUUUAAAGCAACAGGUGAUUAUUUACCUGAAACAACAAGACCUCAGGAGAUGAUGAAAAUUUUUGCCUUUGCCAACUCAUUGGUGGAACUUCUGGCUGUGGGGUUAGAAACCUUUAACAGAGCGCGCUAUAGGCAGUUUGUGAAACGAAUUGGUUAUAUGAUCAGGAUGACCCUUGGUUAUGUAAGUGACCAUUGGGCACAGUAUGUGAACUAUAACCGAGGCGUGGGAUUGGCUCUGCAGCCCUACUCAAUAGAGAAACUACAGGUUGAAUUUGAUGAGCUGUUUUUGAGGGCUGUCCUACAUGUGCUGAAAGCAAAAAGACUCGGCAUUUGGCUGUUCAUGUCUGAAAUGCCAUUUGGGACACUGUCGGUCCCGAUGCUCUGGAAGCUCUUCUACCUCAUGCACCAGGUGGAGAGUGGGCGCCUGCAGCAGCUCUGCUCCGGCCUGCAGCCAGCAGAGUGCAAGCAGCAGCUCCAAGACCCAGAACAUUUUGUGAACUUUGAGAAGUGUCUCUCUUCCAUGAAUAGCUCUGAAGAGAUUUGCCUUCUGACUACCUUUGCUCAGAUGGCUCAGGCCAGAAGAACAGACAUGGAUGAGGACUUCAUAAAAAUUAUUGUUCUGGAGAUAUAUGAGGUAUCUUAUGUCACCUUGUCCACCAGAGAGACUUUUUCAAAGGUUGGUCGAGAGCUUUUAGGAGCCAUCACAGCUGUUCACCCUGAGAUAAUUUCUGUCCUUUUGGAUAGAGUUCAAGAGACCAUUGACCAAGUUGGAAUGGUUUCCCUCUACUUGUUUAAAGAACUGCCUUUGUAUCUUUGGCAACCUUCUGCCUCUGAGAUAGCUGUGAUUCGGGAUUGGUUAUUGAAUUACAAUCUGACAGAGGUGAAGAAUAAACUGGCCUGUGUUAUUCUGGAAGGACUGAAUUGGGGAUUUGCUGAGCAGGGUACCCUGCAUCUGGAUCAAGGAGUCCAUGCGGAAGUGGCUUUGAUGGUUCUUGAAGCUUACCAGAAGUACCUUGCACAGAAGCCAUAUGCUGGGCUUCUUUCUGAAAGCAUGAAGCAGGUUUCAUAUUUGGCCAGUAUUGUUCGAUAUGGAGAGACACCUGAGACCUCAUUUAACCAGUGGGCCUGGAAUUUGAUCUUGAGGUUAAAACUGCACAAAAACGAUUAUGGAAUACAGCAGAGUUGUCCAGCUGUUCCCUUCUCCACGACUGUGCCUGACAUGACAGACUCACCCACGUUUCAUCCUCUCUUGAAGGCUGUGAAAGCGGGCAUGCCCAUUGGCUGUUAUCUAGCCUUAUCUAUGACGGAUGUGGGCCACAGUGUUGUGAAGUUCUGUGCAGAAGGCAUCUCACUGUUGGGGAUUCUGGUCCAGUCGAGGCAUUUGAGAACAGUGGUCCACGUUCUGGAUAAGAUCCUGCCUUUGUUCUACCCUUGUCAAUGUUACCUUCUAAAGAAUGAGCAGUUUUUGUCUCACCUCCUCCUGUUCCUGCACUUGGACAGUGGCGUGCCUCAGGGUGUCACACAGCAGGUUACCCACAAGGUGACGCAGCACCUGACAGGGGCCAGCCAUGGGGACAAUGUGAAGCUUCUCAACAGCAUGAUCCAGGCACACAUAUCUGUAAGCACGCAGCCCAAUGCAGUGGGGCCUGUUGCGGUGUUGGAGUUCUGGGUUCAGGCUCUCAUAAGCCAACACCUUUGGUACCGAGAACAGCCUAUCCUCUUCCUCAUGGACCACUUGUGUAAAACAGCUUUUCAGCUGAUGCAGGAAGACUGUGUGCAGAAAUUACUCUACCAGCAACAUAAGAAUGCUUUGGGUUACCACUGUGACCGGAGUCUGCUCUCCUCUUUGGUGAGCUGGAUCGUGGCAGGCAACAUAACCCCUUCCUUCGUGGAGGGCUUGGCUACACCCACUCAGGUCUGGUUUGCCUGGACAGUACUGAACAUGGAAUCUAUCUUUGAAGAAGACUCCCAGCUUCGAAGAGUGGUUGAAGGGGAAUUGGUUAUAAACUCUGCUUUCACCCCUGACCAAGCUCUGAAGAAAGCCCAGGCUCAGCUGAAGCUUCCCAUUGUGCCAUCUCUCCAGAGACUGCUGAUUUAUCGCUGGGCCCACCAGGCUCUGGUCACACCUUCUGAUCACCCCCUCCUGCCACUCAUUUGGCAGAAGUUCUUCCUUCUGUAUCUUCAUCGCCCAGGACCACAAUAUGGGUUACCCAUAGAUGGUUGUAUUGGAAGAAGAUUUUUUCAAAGUCCUGCUCAUAUCAAUUUGUUGAAAGAAAUGAAGAGGCGUCUGACAGAGGUGGCUGAUUUCCACCACGCUGCAAGCAAGGCCCUCCGUGUUCCAGCAGAGGGCAGUGAAGGCCUGCCAGAGAGCCAGACUGGCACCCCGGCUUACCUGACUUCACCAGAACUGCACACGGAGCUGGUGAGGCUCUUCAAUGUAUAUAUAUUAUGGCUAGAAGAUGAGAAUUUUCAAAAAGGAGAUACCUAUAUCCCUUCUUUACCCAAGCAAUAUGAUAUUCACAGGCUAGCCAAAGUGAUGCAGAAUCAGCAGGAUCUGUGGUUAGAGUAUUUGAACAUGGAGCGCAUUUAUCAUGAGUUUCAGGAAACAAUUGGUCUGUGGAUGCAGGCCAAGCUUGAGUCCCAUUCCACACCCUGCAGUUUGUCAGUGCAGCUGGACUUUACCGAUCCUCUGUUGGCUAAAGGAAGGGUUUUGAGUAACUUGCGGAAGCAUGAGGCUCCCCAGCCUGCCCUCACUCUGCAGCCGAUGAGGCCUCCUGUCCCAGUCAUUUCCUCAGCUGUGCUCCUGAGUCAGGAGGACGCCACCCAGCUGGUGUGUGCAGACCUGAAUCUGUUGCAGCAGCAGGCCCGAACUGCAGCUCUUCGAGAAUCUCAGCAGGUGGCUUUGGAUGGUGAGCUGUUGGACACAAUGCCCAAACAGUACGUUAAUCGAGAGGAGCAGACCACACUGCAGUUGGAAUGCAGAGGCAGUGGUGGUAAGAAAUGCCAAGGUGCUGUGCUUGUAACAGUUCAGUUUGAAGGCAUGCAUAAGAAUGAAGCAAUAAGCCAACAACUCCAUGGUUUGCGGAAAGAAGUAAAGCAAUUGCAGACUGAAGCUGCUAAACCACCAUCACUUCAUGUUGUGGAGGCUGCUGUGCAUGCAGAAAACUUGAUCACGGCCUUAGUGAAUGCCUACAAGUUGCAGCCUACACCUGGGGUUCAGAAAGUUGGCAUUAGGCUUUUCUUCACUGUUGUGGAUUAUGUCAGUGAUGAGACACAGCGUCAUCCUCCCACAAGGCAGUUCUUUACUUCAUGCAUUGAGAUCUUGGGACAGGUGUUUAUCAGUGACACUAAAUCUGAGUGCAAAAAAGUGCUUCAGACUAUUCUGAAGAAUAGAAGGCUCUGCUCUCUGUUAUCUCCUUUUUUCACUCCCAAUGCUGCCCCUGCAGAGUUCAUACAGCUGUACGAGAAAGUGGUGAAAUUUCUAAGUGAAGACAACAGUGAUAUGAUUUUCAUGCUGCUAACCAAGUUCGAUCUUAAGCAAUGGUUAAACGCCACUAAACCUCCUCUGUCUGAUCGUACCAGGCUGCUGGAAUCCAUUCAUUUGGCACUUACUGCCUGGGGCCUUGAACCAGAUGAGGAUAUUUUGAUGCCAUUUAAUCUUUUCUGUAAGCACUGGACCUAUCUUCUUCUCUACCAGUUCCCUGACCAGUACAGUGACAUUCUCAGGCUGCUAAUGCAAAGCUCUGCAGAGCAACUACUGAGCCCUGAGUGUUGGAAAGCCACUCUGAGAGCACUGGGCUGCUGCGCCCCCAGCUGCCAGCAGGGGGCAGCUUCUGCUGAGAGCACUGCGCUUGCAAGCUCUUCCGAUGCUCUCUUGUCAGACAAGCAGGUAGUAGAGACUAUACAGUGGCUUUCAGACUUUUUUUAUAAGCUUCGGUUAUCCAAGUUGGACUUUAAAAGCUUUGGUUUAUUCUCAAAAUGGAGUCCUUACAUGGCUGAUGUGAAGACACUCUUGGGCUAUCUCGUGAGAAGGCUGAUUGACUCAGAAAUGGCCUGUUUGGCCCAAGACCCAUCUGCCAGCAGCAAAACAGUGCUGAGAUCUCUACAUUCAGUAAUCAUUCAGCUCUUUAAGCCAUGGAUUCUGGUUUUAGAGGACAAUGAAAGCCAAAAACGACAUUACCCUUGGCUGGAGAGUGAUGCGGUGGUGGCCUCAAGCAUCGUGCAGUUGUUCACGGACUGUAUUGACUUACUACACGAGAGUUUCAAAGAUAGGCUGUUGCCAGGUGAUGGAGCCCUUCGGUUACACCUGAUGCAUUAUUGUGAAGCAUGUACCGCACCCAAAAUGCCAGAGUUCAUUCUGUACACUUUCCAUAGUGCAUACCGGAAACUCCAGUGGAAGGACCUGCAGCCUGACCAGAUGCUCAUGGAGGCCUUCUUCAAAGUGGAACGAGGGAGCCCCAAGAGCUGUUUCUUAUUUUUGGGGUCCACACUCUGUGAAGUCAAUUGGGUCAGUGUGCUUGCUGAUGCCUGGAAUCCCAGUCCGCACCCGGAAACCCAGAGCAUGAUCGUCUGCCUCCUUUUCAUGAUGAUUUUAUUAGGGAAGGAAGUCCAGCUAGUAGACCAAGCAGAUUCACCUUUACUUAGUCUCCUUGGACAGACAAGCUCACUGUCAUGGCAUCUCGUGGAUAUCGUGUCAUACCAGAGUGUGCUAGGUUAUUUCAGCAGUCAUUACCCACCAUCCAUAAUUUUGGCAAAGGAGUCUUCUGCUGAAUUAAUCAUGAAGCUCCUGAAAGUGUCUGCAGGCCUUGCCAUUCCUACUGACAGCCAGAAGCAUCUUGAUGCAGUUCCAAAAUGCCGAGCUUUUACUCAUCAGAUGGUUCAAUUUCUCAGCACCCUGGAACAAAAUGGAAAAAUCUCCUUAGCAGUCUUAGAACAGGAAAUGUCUAAGCUCUUAGAUGAUAUCAUUGUCUUUAACCCACCCGACAUGGACAGCCAAGCCCGCCACAUGGCCCUCAGCAGCCUCUUUACGGAAGUCCUCAUGAUGCUGAACAAUGCAACUGUGCCCACGGCAGAGUUCCUCCGAGGCAGCAUCCGGACCUGGAUUGACCAAAAAGUACAUGGGCUAGUGGUACUGCCCCUUUUAACCGCAGCCUGCCAGAGCCUGGCUUCUGUCCGCCACAUGGCCGAGACUGCAGAAGCCUGCAUCACUGCCUACUUCAAAGAAAGCUCCCUCAAUCAAAAUUUAGGAUGGGGCCCCAUUCUGGUGUCCCUUCAAGUUCCUGAGCUCACCAUAGAAGAAUUUCUGCAGGAGUGCCUAGCUCUCGGCAGUUACCUGACUCUUUAUGUCUACCUGCUGCAGUGUUUAAACAGUGAGCAAACUCUGAGGAAUGAAAUGAAAGUGCUGCUCAUCUUAAGCAAGUGGUUGGAACAGGUGUAUCCAAGCUCUGUGCAGGAAGAAGCAAAGUUAUUUCUGUGGUGGCACCAAGUCUUGCAGCUGUCCCUGAUCCAGACAGAGCAGAAUGACUCGUUCCUGACGGAAUCUGUCAUCCGAAUUCUGCUCAUGCUUCAGAGCAGGCAGAACCUUGUGGCAGAGGAGAGGCUCAGCUCCGGGAUCCUGGGGGCAAUUGGGCUGGGCCGGAAGUCGCCCUUGUCUAACAGGUUCCGUGUGGUUGCCCGAGGCAUGGCCGCCUUCCUUUCAGUUCAGGUUCCUGCAGAAGACCAGAUCCGUUUGAAGCCUGGCUCUGAAUUACAUCUUACCCCCAAAGCUCAGCAGGCUCUGAGUGCUCUUGAAUCCAUGACAUCGAGUAAGCAGUAUGUUGAAUACCAGGAUCAGAUAUCACAAGCUGCCCAAUUUAUAAAGCAUCCUGGCCAUUGCCUCCAAGAUGGCAAAAGCUUCCUGGCUCUUCUCGUUAACUGUCUCUAUCCAGAAGUGCAUUAUUUGGACAACAUACGAUAGUAAUACCGAGGCUCUUGAAAAUCCCCCUUGCUGUUUAUGUUUACAUUUAAUUUUGCUGUUGCACAAGUAACUUUGCUCAGUUUCACUGCAGAGCUCAGUUUGGCCAGCGAGUGUUGACCAAGAUGUAAGUCUAGAGGCAUUAGAUAUUCUGUGAUUAUGUGUGUGUUUUUUUAGCUCUUAAAACUUUAUGGGGACUUUGUAGUUUUUUAAUGUUCAUUCACAACGAGAAACUUAACUCAGUUCCACUUGGGUACAGAGCCACUCACAGAUGCCAAAUGUCCCAGUCAUCUCACAAGACCUCAAGAUGGAGUUCUUUGUAUGUCUCCCCUUCUGUCUCCUUGCUUUAUUUAAAUGUUAAGACUCCUGUCCAGAUCUGAUGACUCUGGAAGUUGUAUAGAACCGUCAUUUUUGAAUCCUGUUUCUGUUCCUUCAAAGUAAAAAAAUCAACUUUGAAAACUUCUACACUUCUUAAAUGUAGAGAUAUACUCUAGAUUUACCAUAUUAUUUCUCUCAGAAGGGAGAUAAAGUGAGUCCUAUAAAAUAUGAUCACUUUAUCCUGAUCGUGGUGGAUAGCAGAGAUGGUGACAAUUCCCUUUCCAUCCAGUCAUGUGUUUUCAUAGAGAGGGAGCUUCCUAUCUGAAUUGGGGAUGCAAGCUGGAUGGUCCUGGAGGAGCAUGCUUUUUUUGCACAGGUAAAUUUUGUUUGGUCCACGCAGUGGAAAGUACAGGCAGGGCCAAUCCAGUCACCAGAGUCCCUGCAUUCCCUCACCUUCUACCCCACCUCAUUUUCAUCACCUACUCAGCCCCUGUCCACAUGACUGUUCUCUGUUUCUUUUUUCACUCCAUACAUGAACUCAAAUGAAGCCCAUGGACCUGCUGGAACACUUGUCUGUGGACACCAGGUCAGGCCAGAAGAACUACUGAAAUUUGGCUUUUGAAAAUAGCCACGUGCCUUCUGUUGUUCACAGUUCAUUCAUUACCAAAGCCAGUGUGUAACCUUGCCUUCUUCUGUUGCCAUCUUCUUGCUCAUGUUAUCUCCCUUAGGAAUUAACAGUUUGACUUCCCUCAUCAGAUUCUGAAUUCUGUCACCUCGAAACGGGCUUUGUUUUUAUAGCCUACAUAAUGUGUCUUUGUUUACAGCUUAUCUAAAGCCCAAGAAUAUUUAUCUAUAAAUGUCUAACAGCCACCAAGAGCUUUCGGGAGGGGGAUAAGGAUAUAGUUAACAACCAUAAUCUCUUCUCAGAUGUCCUUUUGGAACUCUUCCCAACCUUUGGAAGUCUGUAGGCAUUCCUCCUUGUUUCAGACUUCUUUUGUUGGGUGGAACAAUCCUGCCUCCCAGACACGCUUUGCAGCUCUGACAAAGUUUGGGCCCUCUGGGGUUUUACGGUCACAAAGUGUCUAUCUCAGAGGGACUUGUCUCAGCUGUCCCUGUUUUUUGCUUCCCUCCAUUUUCAAAAUCAGUCAUCUUGUUCUGUAUCGAAAAGUUUAGAAGCUGUGGAUGGCUUAAUUGGUAACAAUGAUUUUAUGACAGGAAAUAUUUUGCGUGCUGUUUUCUUUGGGGGGAUUGUAAUUAUUGAUGUCCAAGAAUGUGAAAUUUUUGACAGUAUGUACAUUUUAAAGAAUUAUGAUUAAUUAAUCUGUUAAUUUUUGAAAGUUUAUAAUAUAAUGUAUUUGGUCUGUAAAAAUUAUAAAAAAUAAAAUCAAUCUUUGGUUGUAACUGGUAAGAAUCCCAAUUAUAGAGAUAUCACACUGUCUGGUAAAAUAUUUCAGUUGUUAAAGGUAAUGUAGAUUGCUGUGUCUCAUAAUUUAUUGGCACUGUAACUUGAUUGUCAGAGAUGGUCAGUAAAAGUGCUUCUUUAACUCCUUCGUGCUUAAAUUAAUGUCAGAAGGUUGACUCAAUUCAUAGGUGCCUGCAAGUUCCUCUCUGGGCCGAGAGAGGCUGUGAAGACACUGAGGCAGUUCAGAACACGGCCAUGCUGCUGUCGUCUCCCGGGAGGGAAGAAGCAACAGAUAGGCCAGCCUGCCUAUUGGCUUGAAGGGGUAAUGAGCUUUUGCUUGAAAAAAUUGUUGUCCUCCAGAGAGCACAGGGUUACUUGCAGAGACAGUGACAGUGCUACAUGGGAUUAAACAAGACCAAGGCCAGCCUCCUGGGCCAGGCAGUGUAGAGGGUGAGUGCUGCAUGCUCUGACUUUGCACGACGACCAGUACUGCCAUCAGGCUCAGAUAAG